AUGCUGCUGAUACGCACGGCGACACAAGCCAUUGUCGCAGGCCCCAAUGUCUUCGUCUCGGGCCAGAUCCCAGCCGAUACCAAGGGCAACCUGAUCGAGGGAAGCAUCGCGGACAAGACCAAGAUGUGCUGCGAGAACAUCAAGGGCAUCCUCACUGAGGCCGGUGUUGCUAUGGACAGGAUCGUCAAGGUCAAUGUCUUCCUCGACGACAUGGCCAACUUCGCCGAGAUGAACGGCAUGUACGAGCAGUACUUCUCCCACAAGCCCGCGCGCAGCUGUGUUGCCGUUAAGCAGCUGCCAAAGGGCGUGCCGGUUGAGAUUGAGUGCAUCGCGUAUACUGGUAUGAGCUCGAAGCUUUGA